UACUGUACUAAAAAACAAUUAUGUUCGCUGCAGGAGAAAGAAACAGACAUUUUGCCAACUCUAUAAAUAACCAUGGCAACCAUGAACAACCUCUUGCAAGUUGCAAUCAACAACAACCAACAACGAGAGUUGCACAUAGUGAAGAAACCAGCUGCAAACUACUAGGCUUAGCUACCAUGGGCUCCCUGGGUCCAAGCAUUGUGAGCCAGCAGAGCAAGGGUGCCGCUACAAAGCCUGCAGCUGCAGUUGGCCAUGAGCAGCAGCAGCAGCAAGAGGACAGGUGCGGCUUCCAGAUGCCGCUGCACUACCCACGGUACAAGAAGGCGGACUACGAGGCCAUGCCAGAGUGGCGCGUCGACUGCCUGCUCCGGGAGUACGGGCUGCCGCCGGCCGCCGCGGGCGACGACGUCCACAGCAAGAGGAGGUUCGCCAUGGGGGCCUUCCUCUGGCCUGACCAAUACUAGCUAAAGCUCUCUAACUCUGCUCCGACAAUGUACCGCUCAACGUUCUGCAGCAGAGUUCAGUGGAACUGUGUCCGAUGUCCGUGCAAUCUGAGUAUCUGUUUGUUCUGUGAACUCCUCGAGUGUAUUAGAUUGCUCAGUAUGCGUUCAUCAUGAAAUUUGUUCAUCAUGUUUGUCAUGCUAACAUGGCAGUUUUGCUACACAUCCUAACAAGCUCCCGGCAACUUUAGACUCUUUGUAAUUUCCCUGUUGGCAUUCCUCACUCCCAUUUGGCAAUGCAGGGAUCCUGGCAACUUAUCCAGACGUACUGUUCCUAAAGAAGACACAGCAGCAGGCAAACAUCUGCUGUCUAGUUGCUUGUUCGGUUAACCGAACUCACCUCUCUAUGGGUAAACUGAUGGUCUUUCUUGAAGGACAACGAAAAGGGAGAAAAUCACAUAUUGACCUGAUAUUAUUUGUUUACCCUCAUGAAACAAUGCAUGAGCUUUGACAUUUCAAUCAAACAAGUUGAGUGAGAAAAUAAGAUAACUGUUGCACGUUUUUGUUAGCCUUAUCGGCGGCAAGUAUGCGAACUGAUUUAUCUCUGUUAUUACACAGUUCCCUGAAAAUUUGUAGAAGAAUUUUUAGGUUGCAAAAGACAUCUAUCUCCUGAUCUCAAGAGAUCCUAAAUGAAUGCAAGUAUCUUCGGAUAAGCAAUAUAUGUAAAUUCUGUCCUGGAAGAAGCAUGCGUGCAGGAUCUUUACACAAGCCCCAAACUAUUGUCUGACAAGCGAACACUGAACAAAGUUGCAGGAUUGCAGAGAUACAACUGUGACAAAUUGACUGGUUGACAGCCCAACAUUUACAACAUAAAGUGUAUCAUAACUUUAUUUACGACAGAGAAAACAGACGGGAAACACCCUUUUAUUGU